AUGUCAUUGAUGCGACUUCUUUCGACAAUUGCAACCUUGUACAUGCCUCUCUGUGCCUGUGCUAUACCUUCUGCCAAUUCUGCCACCUUCUCACGAAGUGACUUGGCAUCCGACUUCAAUACUUCGCUUCAUGUGGACCUUGGCUAUACGGUCUACAAAGGCGUGGCCAACUCCUCAACUGGGCUAAACACGUUUAAAGGUGUCCGCUUUGCUGCUCCCCCAACUGGGCCACUUCGCUGGCAGCCGCCACGAAAGCCGGUCUUGAACCGCACUUCCGUCCAAUCCGCGGCAUCUUACAGCCCGAUAUGCCCACAAAGUUUCAAUGCAGUGCCCGGGAAUGAUUUCGUUCUUGGCGAUGAAGAUUGCCUUUUCCUUAAUAUAUACGCGCCGCCAGAUGCUGCCGAUCUCCCGGUUUUAGUAUGGAUCCAUGGAGGGGGGUACGGGUUCUUUAAUGGGCAACAAGAUAUGUCUUCGAUCAUCAAUACCAACAACAACAGUUUUAUUGGUGUUGGUAUUCAGUACAGACUCGGAGCCUUUGGCUUCCUCUCGUCGGACGAAGUUUCGAGAAAUGGAGUCGUCAACGCUGGCCUUCUCGAUCAAAAGUUUGCGCUUGAAUGGAUCCAGGAGCAUAUUUACAAGUUCGGGGGCGAUGCGUCCAAAGUCACUAUUGCUGGCCUCUCAGCUGGAGCAGGUUCUGUUAUGCUGCACAACAUUGCAUAUGGAGGCUCUCUUGGCACUUCUCUCUUUACAAAUUCCAUUACUGCGUCCCCAUAUCUGCCGACACAAUAUAACUAUAAUGAUUUUCUUCCCACGCAAGCAUACUACGCCUUCGCCGCUGCAGCUGGAUGCCCCCGAAAUUCGCUUACGAAAGCUUCUCAUGACAUCUCCACGUCAGGCACCUUCGGAUCUUGGGCAUUUCUCCCUGUUACAGAUGGCGAGUUUAUUCGUGAAACCCCAAGUCAAGCACUACUAAAACGGAAAAUAAACGGUCUCAGACACCUCACCAGCAACACUGCCGAGGAAGGUCCUGCAUAUACGCCCCAGACAAUCACCACCGAAUACGAGUUGAUUGCAUGGCUUCUUCACACUUUCCCACUUCUCACAAACGAAGACGUACAAAACAUCUUGUACUAUUACCCCUUCAACCCUUCAAUAGACGGCAACGCUCCCCCAGAGUAUCCAACUGCUGGAGACUCAGGCGCUACCGCCGUAACAACCAGUCAAAUUUCAUCUGGCCAUCAGCAACGAGCCAACGCUAUUCUAGGCGAAACUACCUUCAUGUGUCCUUCUUACUGGCUUACCGCAGCCUUUAGUUCCUCUCAGACUAGACACCAUAGCUACAAAUAUCAAUACUCUGUUCCGACCGCAUUUCAUGGGUACGACCUGGAAUCAUACUUUGGUCCUGCGCGCAGAAACCAGGGUCCGGACUUAUUACGUGCAUUGCAAACUUCUUGGGGAAAUUUCGUGCGCUUUGGAGAUCCGUCUAUCCCGUCAAGCAUCGCGGACGGCGCGAAUGAUACUCGCUCGGAACCACACCCUCUAGAGCAUUGGCCGGAGUGGUCUUCAAUCAACCCCCAGAUGGCGGUUUUCAAUCAAACCGGUGGCACCCCAUAUGAGUUCAUAGCGGUGCAGGUCAAGAACGAUGGACCACUCACGGUCGUUGCGAAUAGAGACAAAAACGUAACAUUGCAUACAGAGCCAGGGUUGAGAAACGACUUCCGAGUUGUGGAUGCAUACGCUUGGGAGGGAAGGCGCGGAGCGAGGUGCGAUUUCUGGAGAAGUAUUGGGGCCAUUGUGCCCGAGUGA